GCCGGGAAAAGGCAUGUGCCCCCCCACGUAGUAGUAACUUAAUUCAUCGAUCCUGUCGAGUGGGGUUGAUGGAGGUCGAACGCGAUGCGGAAGAGGGGCGGGGGGCGCCGCUGCCAGGGGGCAUGGAGUCCUCUGUGCAAGUGGAAACCACUGGCGACCCCCACACAGCGGUGCAUCAUUCGUCUGCCAUUCCCGCCGCCAGUUCAGCCACGGCCAACGAAGACGGCAGUAGCGAGGGAUACGUCCUGGUCGAGGACGGCUCGACGACGACAGCCAAGAAAGGCGAAGCCGCCACCGAAACCUCCACCUCCAAGGCAACGACGACGGCUUCGCAUGCCAUUUCGUACCGACCAGACAUCGACGGCCUACGCACCAUCGCGGUGGUGCCCGUCGUGGUCUUUCACGCGUACCCCGCCCUGCUUCCAGGCGGGUUUGUGGGCGUCGACGUGUUUUUCGUGAUUUCGGGGUUCCUCAUCUCGGCCAUUUUGCUCAAAGAAGGCGCCAAGCAUACUUUCACGUACGCAUCGUUUUACUCGCGCCGCAUCCGCCGCAUCUAUCCCGCGCUGUUGGUCGUCGCCACCUCGACGCUCGUGGUCGGGUGCUGCUGGCUGCUCAAGACGCCCCUACGCACGCUGUCGGCCACGCUGGUGGCGGGCACGCUGUUUGGCGCGAAUCUGCAGCUGCUCACAGUCGAUGAAGGGUACUUUGACGCCAGCGUCAAGGAGAAUCCACUGCUGCACCUGUGGUCCCUGGGGGUCGAGGAGCAGUUUUACAUCGUGUGGCCGUUCCUGGUGUCGGUUCUGCUACGCCUGUCGGUCCGUCGCGCAUUGCUGACCCAAGUCGUGUUCAUUGGGUGCAGUUUCGCCUGCAACGUGCUGCUGCUUGGGGUGGACGGGUCCAACAAGUACGCGUUUUACUUCCCGCUCAGUCGGUUCUGGCAAAUGGCGCUGGGGGGGCUGCUCGCGUUCGAACACGCCCACUUGAAAACCGUCGCUAUUUUUGUAGCUGCCAAACCCGUGGUGGCCUCGACGCUGUCCCUCAUGUCGCUGGGGGUCCUUGUCGUGGGGUACGCUGUCAUCAACGAAACCGAUGCUUUCCCUGGGUUUUGGGCCCUCCUGCCGACAUUUGGCGCGCUGGGGCUUCUCGCCGCCGGCAAGGACUCGCCGAUCAACCAGUACGUCCUCGGCAACCCCGUCAUGGUAUUUGUUGGCAACAUCAGCUACUCGCUGUACCUGUGGCACUGGCCACUUCUUGUGCUUGCGAAGGCUCACUUCCCCAACGACCUCUCGCGCCCUUGGUACAUGCAGCCGUACACCAUGAUGAUCUUGUCCGUCGUAUUGAGCAUCCUGACGUUGUACUUGGUGGAGAACCGCACGCGGCGGCAUCCAUCGCCACUCCUCGUUCCAUGCUUGGUCGUGUGCAUGGUCGUCUUGGGGGGCGUCGCACUUGCCGCGUUCAACUUGCCCGCGUCGUUCUCGUUGCCUGCUCAACGCGUGGCAGGUGUUCCAGUGCUAAAUGACUUAAACGAUACCUCAACAGCCACCACGACUACCGUGAUUGUGAAUGCCACAACCAACACAUCCACGACAGUCACCACCCGCGUCCAUUUGAACUGGAGCAAACCGCCUCGAACGAGCGACCCCACGGUUGCCAAGAUCCUCGCGGGCAUCGAAGACUGGCAUCCCCUCGACGGAUACGAAGGGUACACGGAACCCCUCACCGAGGACACGAUGAAAGUGCUUAACCGGAGGGGCACGAGUCUCCCAAACGUGAUCGUGCUCGGCGACUCGCACGCCAACAUGCUCAUGCCUCGGUUCAAGCGACUGCUGGAGCUGGCCGUGGCGGCCGACCCGGUUAACGGGGCUGCCAAGUUCCCCACGAUCGUGUUUCGGUCGGCCAAUGGAUCUCCCCCUCUGGCUUGCAAUGGUCGCCAUGGGGGGGACGUCGCGCUCGUGCGGGACCUACAGCCGUCGGUGGUGUUUUACAGCUCCAACUGGAUCCAGUUUUGGCGCGCGGGCGGCGGGGCCGGCUCGGUCCCGAGCGCAACCCCCCUCUGUUGCACACCUGGGUACCAGGACGCGUGCGCGUACCAGACGCUGGCGGACGUCCAGGCCAUGGCCGACAUGUUCCAGGCCGAGCUCGCGGCCCUGGUGCAGUCAGGCAAGAAGGUGUUUGUUGCCACCGUGAACCCCGAAGGCCCCGAGUUCAGCGGCCGCAAUAUGGUCAAUGGGAAUGCGGUGGGAACCGUGACCCCGAUCAAACGCUCGGUGUUUCGACAAACGUUUGCAUCGGUCAUUUCCAUCUUGGAACGUGCAGUCGCGAACGCCCAAGCCACGCUCGUCGACUUCUCCGAUAAUCAAUGCUACCAAGAUCUGUGCCAAGUCGUGUCCAUGGCAGAAGGCGAGCCUGUGUACAAGGACAAGGACCACAUGCGACCGUAUUAUGCGCGCAACUACCUCUCCACGGUAGACGUCGUCGUGGAAGCAGCCAUGCUGCUCCCGUAGUUGCUUAGCAACCGUUGCGAAUUAGGACCACCAUGUCGACACGACGUCAUUGUGUACCCGAUAAAAAAUAGACUUUCAU